GUGGCAACUGCUACAGUAUAAAUUGCCAUUGGAGAGCCCGAGUAUGCUUGUUCUAGUUGGGUUGCCAUAUGCGAGCAGGUUUCUUCAUUUUAGGUUCAAAAUGGAGAAGCUGAUUGCUUUUGUUCUGCUGUUGGUCACUGUGCCUUACAGCGGAUUAGUCACUGGAGAAGCUUCAUCACCCAACAUACGUGAUCCAAAUACACAUUUGGCCAUGAUGAGAUCUGCAGAUGCAAAUGUAAAUUUUGCAAUGAAGCUCUUCAGACAGAUUGCCAAUCAACCAGGAAUAACGACCAAGAAUAUUUUCUUCUCUCCUCUAAGCAUCUCUGCUGCCCUAAGCAUGUUGGCUUUGGGUGCUAGGCAGAACACUCUAACUGAGUUUAUGCAGGUCCUUGGGUACAUCAAGAUGGAAAGGAACGGAGAGACAGCGGUGAGGGAGUUGUUCCAAUAUCUUCUGGAAGAACUAACCAGUGGAAAUAGUACACUAAAAAUGGGGAACUCCCUGCAUAUUCAGGAGGGUCUAAAUGUGAAAAGAAUGUUCCUUCAAGAAAGCAAGCAAUUUUAUAAUGCAGAUACAUUGAAUAUUAAUUUCCGAGAACCACAGAAUGCAAAGGAACAGAUUAACACCUAUGUGAAAAAUAAAACAAAUGGCAAAAUUCCAGAAUUCGUUAAAGCGUCCCUUCCUAGUGAUACAAUGAUGCUGCUUCUCAACUAUGUCUUGUUUAAAGGCAAAUGGUUGAAGCCUUUUGACCCCAGCGAGACUUAUGAAGAUGAUUUUCAUGCAGGUGACGGAACGACGGUGAAAGUUCAAAUGAUGAAGAGGAUGGGAAUGUUUGAGAGCAUUUAUGCUGAUAUUUUAUCUAGUUAUGUAAUUAAAAUUCCAUAUCAAGGAAAUACUUCCCUGGUGCUGGUUCUACCAGACCCUGGGAAAUUAGCAGAGGUGGGAGAAAAAAUGACUGUCAACAAUUUUCAGCCCCUGUUAUAUAAAUUGCACCGGCGGUAAGUUCAAUGACAUGAAAUCAUAUGU